AUGUUUGCAAAUAUGUCCUUAUUGAACCCAAGCACUCCUGCAUUUGAGCCUUUAUCAUUUAAAUUCAUCCCUCCUCAGCAAAGCGAAUCAAUGAUAAAAAACGUAUGAAAGCACAAUCUUAAGUCCGAAAUUCUUGCAAUUUCAAGGCUGCUUGAAAAUUAUCCUUUGGUAGCCAUGGACACAGAAUUUCCCGGAAUUAUUGUCAAAGCUCAAGGGGAGUUAAAAGAUAUUCAAUAUCAAAACAUCCGCCACAACGUAGACCGUCUCAAACUUAUCCAAGUAGGCAUUACUUUAUCAGAUGGGCAAGGAAAUUUUCCACCUGGUGUCUGCACGUGGCAAUUCAAUUUUGAGUUUGAUUUAAAUUUAGACGCGUACUCAGAAGACUCAAUCCAGCUACUCCGUCAAUCUGGAAUAGAUUUUGACAUGCAUGCGACGAAUGGUAUUUCUCAUUUCGAUUUUUCAGAACUUUUUACGGUCUCUGGGCUAUGUCUAAAUGAAGACAUAUACUUUUUGAAAAAAUUAUAAUAUAUGGGUUUUUAAUAAUUUUUAGUGGGUCAUUUUUUGUCUGAGGGAAUAACAUACAUUACUUUUCAUAGCGGCUAUGAUUUUGCUUACUUACUUAAAGCAGCUACAAACCUAAAAUUGCCUGAAACCCAAGAUGAAUUUUAUAAGCAGCUUUCAGUGUAUUUUCCGAUUUUUUAUGAUAUUAAAUUCAUGGUGCAAAUUAAACUUAAACGGCUAAAUUGGCUACAAGCGAGUCUUGCCAAAUCUAACUCCAAAAUAGCAGCUUCAUCGCCGAUAAGAUAAAAGAGUAAAAUGGAAGGUCGCCAUUUUGGAUUUCAGAUUUGAGCCACAUGUCCAAGGGAUCAACUCUCUAGUUCAGAUCCACCGCCGUAGAGUGUCCGAUGAUCAUGAUAAUGGAAAGACCAUGCUGUAGGCAGCACCUGUAUAUAGAAUUUUUCCAUAGAUGGCGCAGUUUGCCCUUGAUUUGCCCACUGAAAAAAUUUUUUGGUUUGACCAAACCAUAUGGUACUGAUCUAACCAAAAAAUUUUCCCAGUGGGCAAAUCAAGGGCAAACUGCGCCAUCUAUGGAAAAAAUUCUAUAGCCCACUCUGGCAGGAACAGGAAAACCAUCAGAAGAUAACAAAAUUUCCCUCUUCAGCAAGGCAUCCCAGGCCUAAAGACCUAUUCCAAAAGAGACAGAGGCCCUAUUUUCAGCUUUAUCAGGAUGGGUCCUGCCUGCUUCAUAGGAGUGCGCCUCGUCCUCCAAUUUCCAUCAGCAUCACCAUUUUAUUUCCCAUGGUGCAAGGAAUUGAUAAAUUCAGAGGAGGACUAAAUAGAAUUGCAGAAGAGGUAGGAGUGAAGCGAUACGGAAGAAUGCACCAAGCUGGGAGUGAUAGCUUGGUAACGCUUGAAACUUUUAUCACAAUUAAGAACGAAGAAUUUUCUGGAUUUGAGCUUGAAAAAUAUGCAAAUACAAUCUGUGGGUUGACGCAGACUGAUUAG